GGCGUCUGCCUCAACCCACAGAACAAGCUCUCCCGACUUCAGUUCUCUUCUUCUUCCUCGUGCCACUGCUUCUCUGAGAAGAUGUCUUCCUGCGGAUGCGGAUGCGGUUCCGGCUGCAGCUGCAGCUGCGGCGGUGCAUGCGGAAGCUGCUGCAAGAUGUUCCCUGACUUGGGUGGAGAGCGUGGCACCACCGCUGCGGGAAUCAUUGACCUCGGUGUUGCAACUCUGAAAGGGCAUAUUGAAGGUUUUGAGGUGGCAAAUGGGUCUGAGGGAGGAGGCUGUGACUGCAGCAAGUGCAAGUGCGGAAGCAGCUGCAGCUGUGCUUGCUGCGGCUGUAACUGAGACAUGUAUUAUUAGCAUCAGAGAGAGCAGUAUAUGCAGACAGCUAAAUAAGAGGAGUAUGAGUAGAGCUGUAAUGGCUUUUAUCAUGUAAUAUUGGUUCUGCUUUAAGUGGCAUUUAUAGUGUCAUCAUAUUAUGACCUAUUAUUACUAUGAACUGAUAUGAUUC